AUGCAUUCGGAGUCGAAUACGUCGCCGCAACAGCGGAUCAUAACAUCAGAACAGUGGGUGUUCGAUCGGCGCGGGUCGCGCGAGGAAUCAAAGGCCGGCGGGCGGCCCAAGCGCACGCCCAUCUCGAAGCAGGAGCGGGAGCUCCGCCGCAAACAGCGGGAGCUGGAGAACGAGCAGCUGCAGCAAGAGCACCAGACGGUGGCGAAUGAGAACGCGCGGCUGAAGGCGGUGGUGGCGCGGCUGAAACAGGACAUCGACGCAUACACGCGGCUGAUCCUCGAGGCCACCGCGCACGCAUCGCCGGCGCCCGCGCAGGCGGUGGCACAGGCUCAGUCGACGCAGGGUCAGGCGGCGCGCGAGACCCAGGACCGGGGCGUCGCGCUGCCUCAGCAGGCGCUGCCGCAGUUGCUGGACGAGCUGCCGCCGAUGGAGACACUGCUGGUGAACACGGCCAAGAGACGGAAACACGCCGCGGCGGGCGGUGUGCGCACGGGCGCAGGCGCGGACGCUGGCGCGCAGGAGCAGGACCCGCCGGUGCUGAAGAGCACGCACGCGGACGUGAUGCUGGCGCCGCAGUCCGCGGAGGUGGGGCCCGAAGAGGUCGCUUUGAUGAGGAAGCUAAAAGACGUGCUCGCGGAGAUGGAGUAG